CUCUUCCUGGUGUUUCUUCUCAUUUAUGGAGUCACAGUAUUGGCCAACCUGGGCAUGACUGCACUGAUUCAGGUCAGCCCUCAACUUCAUAUCCCCAUGUACUACUUCCUCAGUCAUUUGUCCUUUGUGGAUUUCUGCUACUCUUCAAGCAUUGUGCCAAAGAUGUUAACUAACAUCUUAAAUGAGGAAAAAGGUAUUUCUUACCUGGGAUGCGUGGUGCAAUUCUAUUUAUUUUGUUUUUUUGCAAUCACUGAAGUCUUCCUACUGGCUGUGAUGGCCUAUGAUCGCUUUGUGGCUAUUUGUAACCCAUUAGUGUAUAUGGUUAUCAUGUCUGCAAAGCUCCGUAUGGAGCUCGUUUCUGGCUGUUACUUCUAUGCAACCGUGUGUUCUCUGAUUCACUUGUGCUUAGCCAUUGAGAUCCCAUCGUUCAAGUCCAAUGUGAUUAACCACUUCUUCUGUGAUCUCCCUCCUCUCCUAAGUCUUGCCUGCUCUGAUGUCAGCAAUAAUGAGGUGUUUCUCUUUAUUGUGGUCAACUUCAAUGAGAUAUUCACCAUUGUGAUCAUUUUCACUUCCUACCUGUUUAUUCUCAUCACCAUCCUGAGGAUGCGCUCUGCAGAGGGAAGGCGUAAAGCUUUUUCCACCUGUGCCUCUCAUCUCACAGCCGUCAUUGUCUUCCACGGAACAAUUCUUUUUAUUUAUUGUCAGCCCAGUUCUGGCAAUAGCCUAGACAUCGAUAAAGUGAUUACAGUUUUCUACACUGUAGUCAUUCCCAUGCUAAACCCACUGAUCUACAGCCUGAGGAACAAGGAUGUUAAAGAAGCUCUCAGGAAA